AUGGAGUCCGCGCCGCCGCUCUCCGCCAUGCCGUCCCCCGCGAGCCUCCUGGUCGCGCUGCUCGCGCUGCUGCUCACCGCGCUGCUCGCCGCCGCUUUCGAGUUCUUCUGGGGCGCACCGCGCCGCGCCAUGGCGGACCUCGCAGCGCAAGGCGUGCCCGGACCGCCCUUCCGGUUCUUCUACGGCAUCCUGGCUGACAUGAUCCAGUUCCGCAAGAGGCGUCAGGCGGACCCUGAGUUUGCAGCGCGCAGCACAGCCACUCACGUGCUGGAUACCCUGGUCGCCAGCUACGGCCCAGUGGUGCGCUACUGCUUUGGCCCUAUGUCCCGAGUCCUCCUAGCAGACCCCACGCUCGUGCGAGCGGCCUACAUCACGCACAACGACGCCUUCCCCAAGACCACGCUCAUCCGCGCCGCCUUCCCGCUCUUUGGCAACGGGCUGGUUACCGCAUCGGGGCCGUUCUGGGCCACGCAGAGGAGGAGAAUCAACCCCGCGUUCAAGCACAGCGAGCUCAAGCGUAUGUUCCCAACCAUGCUCGAGUGCACCCAAGCUGCCCUGUCGCUCUGGGAGAAGCAGGUCCGGGCCGAGCCUGACAAGGAGGUUCGGAUUGACACCAUGCUUGAGACGCUGACUCUUGACGUCAUUGGCCGUGCAGCCUUUGGUGCUAGGCUGGGAGGGCCGGACGGGGAGAAUGAGGAAAGGGGAGAGGGGAAGAAGGGAGGAGCGGGAGCGGAGGGAGGAGGGAAGGAAGGCAAGGAAGGGAAGAGCGAUGCAGAGGUGCUGGUGGGGGCGUUUCGGGCGUAUCUAGAGGCGGCAGUGGCGAGUGUUCGUAGCCCGCUUGCCAUGGUUCCUGGAUUCCUGUUGCUCCCCACGGCGCUGCACCGGCACCGCAACAGGCAGGAGCAGCUCAUCCGCAGCAUCAUGAUGCGCAUGAUUGCCGCCCGCCGCCACCGCCGCCACCACCACACCGCCGCCGUCGCCGCCGCUGCUCCUGCUGCUGGGUCAGAGAAUGGUGAUGGUACGGGAGGUGCAAAGGGGAGUGGUGGUGGUGGUGGUGGUGCAGGGGAGGAGGGAGCUAUUGACUUGCUGGAGCUGAUGCUCAUGGCCACGGAUGAGGAACCCGGUGCUGCUGCAGCAGGAGGAGCAGCAGCAGGAGGAGGAACGGCAGCAGCAACAAAUGGAGUAGCAGCAGGAGACGCAGGAGCAGGAGGCGCAGGAGGAGCGUUGAAGGCAGCAGCAGCAACCGCACCUGCGAUGUCAGAUCAGCAGUUGAUGGACGAGUGUCUCACCUUCUUGCUGGCUGGCCACGAAACUACCUCCAACCUCCUCACCUGGACUGUGAUGCUCCUAUCGCAGCACGACACGUGGCAGCAGCGCGUGCGUGAGGAGGCGCAGCAGGUCCUGGGGGCAGACGGGGCGGGGUUGACAAUGGAGAAAGCAGCAGAGCUGAAAAUCAUGGGCAUGGUUCUGAAUGAGGUGCUUAGGCUCUACCCUCCCGCUCCGGCGAUUGCUCGCCGCUGCGACACCCGCACUAAGCUAAGCGAAACGCUUACCAUUCCCGCUGGUGUGGGAGUGACGGUGCCAAUUGCGGCGAUGCACAGGAGGAAGGAGCUGUGGGGGGAAGACGCGGAGGAAUUUAAACCGGAGCGGUUCGCGAAUGGGAUUAACAAGGCGGCGAUGCAUCCGCUCGCGUUUAUCCCCUUUAGUGUCGGCCCCCGUGUGUGCAUUGGGCAGAACUUUGCGGUGCUGGAGGCGAAGGUGAUCCUGUCGCUGCUGGUGCUGCGAUUCUCAUGGCGAGUGGCUCCGUCUUACCGGCAUUGCCCAGAGCAGGUUCUCACUCUCAAGACCAAGAUGGUUAGACACGCGCUUCUGGCGCUCUCGCUGGCGCUGCUGGUGGUCGCCGCGCGCGCCGGCAGUCCCAUCACAAGCAGCACCGCGAACGAGAAGCCCGACCUGAGCAGCAAGAAGGACGACGGGCUGAUGACGGAAAUCCCCGCGGACAUCGCGAAGCAAGCAGCGUCGGGCAACGCGGCGGGAGUGACGUACGUAGACACGGCGCAGGACACGUUCUUCAUGGCGGACGUGAAGAAGGCCGGGUGGAACGCGCAGAAGUGCCCGCCCGGUUUGAACAAGGAGCUCGCGGGCGCGUGCACGCCUAAGAACUGCUCCAAGGGCGGCAUCGCCGCCAAGUGGAAGACCGCUUACCUGCAGAAGAACAAGCUCGGUUACGAGCUGUACGUGCCGGGUAACCCGCUCACGCUGCUCAAGGCGAACCCCGCGUCGUGCUGCAACACGUGCGCCGCGACGCCGGCGUGCACGUACUGGCAGUACAUUCCCGAUAUCACGAUCGACGGCAAGAAGGGCAAGGGCGCGUGCUACCUGAUCCACGACCAGAUCGACUUCACGUGCGGCGAGAUGACCGCGCAGUACAACACGGAGACGAAGCCCGUGCCGCUGCAGGUGCGCAUCGGCGGCGAGUGCAAUCCUAGCGCCAAGAUUCUCAACGACCCGCAUCUGGUGGGCGCGCACGGCACGCACUUCGACUUCAACGGCCGCCCCGACAAGGCGUUCUGCCUGCUGACGGACCGCGACCUGCACGUGAACAUGCUGCUGCGCGGGUACUACGACGCGCGCACCGACAACGCGGCGCUCGUGGUGGACGGCAAGGCCGUGCACACGUGGAUCAAGGAGCUCGGCAUCGUGUGGACCGCGGCCGGCGCGGACCACAAAAUCCGCCUUGCGGCGCGCAGCGGCAAGCAGCAGGAGCGCGGAGAGGGGUUCAUGAAGUCGAUCGAGAUCGACGGCGAGGAGAUUCCGCGCAUGCAGGUGGGCGACACGGUGACGAGCGCGGGCGGGCUGACGGUCCAGUUCCGCGCGGAGGAGGAGGGACCAUUCGACGUGGACUACUAUCUGCUCACCAUCGACGGACUCGUCUCCCUCGACCUCCGCCUUCGCGUCGCGCACCCCAAGCUGCAGACGCCGACCGAGGCCGAGGCGCAUAUCAACGUGGGCAUUGCGGAGCUCGAGCACACGGACGAGAUUCACGGCGUGCUCGGACAAACGUACCGCGCGGAUCACUCGCAGCGCGCCGAGGAUUUCCAGCGCCUGAUCGCAAGCCUGCACCGUCCGAUCUCCGCCGAUGGCGCGGAGGGCAAGGGUUUCCUGGAUGGCACGCCGCGGUCGUACGAGGCGAGCGACGUGCUCGCGGUGGACUGCGCAUACACCGCGUAUGGCCGCGCCAGGGAAGCGAUGCCCGUGCAGCAGCUUCCGUAA